UUUUACUUGACAUUGGCUGAACGCACAAACCGUGCAUGCCAUAAAAAAAGAAAAAGAAGAAGAAGAACCUAAGAAACAAAUAUAAAAAAACGAAGAUUAUUAAAUUGUCCUUAGUGAAAAAUGAUUUCUAGUUCAACUAUCAAAUUAAAAAUAUACAGACAACUGUUGAAAUGCAACUUACUUUGUCUCAGGCGCAAAAGUAGCCUUGGGCUUUGGAAUGAAGACUUGACUACAGAAAUAAAAUUAAAAAUCGAAGAUCAUUGGAGAAAAGAUGUUGUAAGCUUACAAAGAACAGAUAGUAAUACAGAAUCUUUCUAUGUCUUACCAAUGUUCCCAUACCCAUCUGGAAAUCUGCAUAUGGGCCAUGUUAGAGUUUAUUCAAUAUCUGAUACGAUUGCAAGAUUUCACAAAUUGGAUGGCAAAAAUGUAAUUCACCCUAUAGGAUGGGAUGCAUUUGGACUACCAGCAGAGAAUGCUGCUUUAGAACGAAAAAUUCCACCUCAUCGGUGGACAAUAUCAAAUAUACAAUCAAUGAAAAUGCAGCUUUUACGAUUAGGAUUUGACUUCGAUUGGGAACGAGAAAUAUCGACUUGUGAUCCACAGUAUUACAAAUGGACACAAUUUAUAUUUCUUAAAUUAUUUGAGAAACAAAUGGUAUACCAAUGUAAGGCCAAAGUCAAUUGGGAUCCCAUAGACAAAACUGUUUUAGCAGAUGAACAAGUAGAUGAAUUUGGCUGUUCUUGGAGGUCAGGUGCAAAAGUUGAAUCUAAAUUUUUAACUCAAUGGUUUAUUAGAACAACGCAAUAUGCCAAGGAUUUGUUUGAUGGCUUAAAUAGUGAUAUUUUAGAAGAUUGGAAAGAUAUAAUUAACUUGCAAAAACAUUGGCUUGGUGAAUGCGAUGGAGUUGUAGUGAAAUUUGAUAUUAGGAUAGGCAAAACUAAAAAACCUAUUGAAAUAUGGACAUCUGAGCCUUAUAAACUUAUACAUGGUCAAUUUAUUACCAUAAAGAAAACUAAUAUUCUCUUACAAGACAUUGAAAACAUUAAUAAAAUGGACUUUAAAUGUUUUAAUCCAAUUACAAAUUGUGAAAUGCCAGUUUAUAUAACGGACGACGCAAAUUAUGCGCCAGAGAGAGAUGCUUAUAUAGCUUCUCCUGCUAAUAGUAAUGAAGAUUUGAAGCUGGCCAAAUCAAUAAAUGUGUCUCAUAUAAAUUUUGAGGAUAUUGAUAUAGUAAAUGAAAACAAACGAGCUUUAGACAUAGCACAAAGAAAAAACAUUGGGGGUUAUCUUGUCAGUUCUAAAUUAAAAGACUGGCUUAUAUCUAGACAACGUUAUUGGGGUACACCUAUACCUAUAAUUCAUUGUAAUAAGUGUGGUCCUGUGGCAGUUCCUUACAAAGAUCUACCCGUAACACUGCCACAUUUACCAUCUUUAGGUUCUGAUAUUCAGACAUUAGACAAGUUAGACGAAUGGAUUAAUUGUGAGUGUCCAAAAUGUCAUAAAGAUGCGAAACGAGAGACAGAUACAAUGGAUACAUUUGUAGACUCAUCGUGGUAUUACUAUCGAUUUUUGGACCCUGAAAAUUAUGAGAGACCAUUUGACAAAAUAAAGAUCUCUGGAAAAACUCCUGUAAAUAUAUACAUUGGGGGUAAGGAACACGCCGUAUUGCAUUUAUACUAUGCUCGCUUCAUGAGUUAUUUCUUCCAUUCAUUAGGAUGGAUUUCAUAUCCGGAGCCAUUCAAAAAAUUAGUCGUGCAAGGGAUGGUAAUGGGCCAGUCAUAUAAAUUGAAAUCUUCUGGAAAAUAUAUUCCUCCUGAUACUGUAGAGCAAGUUGGAAAAGAAUAUAUAGAGAAAAAUAGUGGAGAGAUCGUUCUAAAACAAUGGGAAAAAAUGAGUAAAUCAAAGUAUAAUGGAGAAAAUCCUGAAAGACUUAUAUCUUUAUAUGGAAGUGAUACCACGCGGCUUCUCAUUUUAGCUGAUGUUCCACCCGAAACCAGUCGACGUUGGUCAGAUGCCACAUUACCAGGGGUUUUAAAUUGGCAACGUCGACUCUGGUUAACAAUACGAGACUUUUUAAAACACAGAAACUCAAUUGGUUUUGAUACUAUACAAUUGACUGAAGCAGAAUAUAUUAAGCACGAGGAGACGAUCUGGAAUGCAAAAAAUUAUUUUAUUGCUACCACUACUUAUCAUUUUAAACAUACUAACAAACUAAGUGUUGGCAUAUCCAGAUUACAAAGUUUAACAAACACAUUAAGAAAAAACUUGCCACCCACAGUAAUUGCUAAAAGUAAAGAAUUUGAAGUAGCAUUGGCUUCUUUGAUUGUAAUGUUAGCACCAGUAACUCCGCAUUUUUGCUCUGAGCUAUGGGCGGGAUUCGUUUCAGCACCCCAUAGAAUUUCUAGUCACGAAUCUAUACAGUGGGACAAAAACCUUUUUGAGCAGCGGUGGCCUAAAGUAAAUAAGGAAUACAAUCUGUCGCUUCUUUGUAAGGUCGAUGGAGCUGAUAGAUGUGACUUGAAAAUAAAGGCUGCUGACCUUGAAAAACUGGAUUCCAAAAAUGCGAUAAAUAUGGCAGUGAGACAAGAUGCUAUUGCAGACCGAAUAAAAGCGGGUAUAUCGAAAACUAAGUAUGAACUUUACCCGGGAUGUAGAGCUAUAUUGCAUAUUUUUACAAAUCGAACGCAAAAAAGUAAAGAGUCAAAAGAGAUGGCAAAUAAACAAUGAAUCUAUUUAAUGUUCUGUAUAGCAUAUGAGUAAAGUAGCGUGUAAUAGCAAUAACACAACUUGAAAAGUUUGGCUGGAAUUGACUUCUGAAUCGAUUAUAAUAAAAAAAACUAUGUGACAGUGGUUUGUACGCCGGGUUUAUGGUGUCGCCUACUCAAGAGGUCCCGGGUUCGAAUCCCGGUGGGGGCAGAAGUUUGUGUAAUGAAAACGCGCAUUUGUACUCCAGUCAUAGAUGUUUAAUAUGUAUUUCUAUAUUAAUAUACUGUAUUGAGAAAGUGUUGUAUAUAUUUUUAAUGCCAUAUUUUUUAUUUAUUAUAUUUACAUAUUAGUAUACUUAUAUAAUGUACAGAACCCCUAGCACG